GGUAUGCCUAGUCAGCUACGACAAGUCGAGUGUAUCCACCAUAAUGCCCCGUUUUUAGCCAAACUAUUUAUUAGACCUGGUUAAUGGUCUAUUUUUCACAAUAUUAACUGUUUGGAUGUGUAAGUUGGACUUUCGGGCUACUGAGUGGACCAUCCUAUACGAUGAGGAAGCAUAUAUGCAUCAUCUUCAUUAUCUUUGCAUUAGUGGAUGCUUACAUAGAGGAAAUCGAUUUACCAGAGUCCUUUACAGAAUGUCUGGAAAAACAAUCUGUAAAGAAUCGUGGCAGAGAAGGUAUGAGCAAAUGGUGUAUGGACAGUCACAGAAUGAAGCUAACGGGUGAUAAGUUCAAACACGCCAACGUAUCUGAGGACACUGUUAGCUGGAUAAAUGAACUGCUCAGAAUGUCCCAUGUGGACAUGAAACUGAAUCCUCAUUCCAUAAACAAACGACAGGCUUCCCAGGAGAACCCCUCAGUAUACCCAGACGUUCAAUUCCCUCCACAACCAAUUAUUACAAACGACAAUUCACAAACAGCAAAUACACAAAAUUCACAGGGACCAGAAUAUCUGUCAGAUACUUUCCAGCAGUCGUUGGCUAACCAGCAACAUACCGGAUCUAGUCAGGCCCAGAGAUUUCAGCCUGGACAAACAAGACCGUUUCCAAUCAUCGGAGGCAACCCACAAACUAAGUCGCAGUUAGAGGUUCAGACACAACAGCAUGUGCAAGGGGGGUCCACACAACUGUCUCAACGGACAUUUAUUGCACAAAACCAGCUUCAGGCUCCCCAAAGUCAGACUAAUCCUAUUCAGAACCAAUUUCCCCAACAAUCAGUCAUUCAACAGGCGUCACAACAAACAGUGAAUUUUGCUCCACCCCAACAGCCGACAUUCGUACAACCACCGCAGAAUUUUCAGCAAGUAAACGUAUUUCAGCCUCAACCAACAGUGAUAUCACCGAGCUUGACCUCGGCACAACCCUCAUUAGGCAUGCCUCAGAUACAACGCCCUCAGUUAAGGAUUAGAAAGGAAUACAGAGUGAUGACAGACCAGGAGCGGGCCAACUUCCAUAGAGCAAUCAUCUUACUGAAACAAGAUACCACUAUUCAACCUAAUCGAUAUGAUGCCCUUGGACUUGUUCAUUUUCGGAUGGUUGAUAAUAUACAUCAUGGUGGAGCAUUUUUAGCAUGGCAUAGAAUAUUCAUCACCAUAUUUGAGAAUGCCAUGAGACAGAAAAUACCUGAAGUGACAUUACCAUAUUGGGAUUCAACAAUGGAUGAAGCGAUGAUCGAUCCGACACAAUCCGUGACGUGGUCGUCACAGUUCCUCGGUAACGGAGACGGUCUGGUAACAACGGGUCCAUUCGCCUUCUGGCAGACUCCAAACGGACCACUUAUCAGAAACGUAGGCCAGGAGGGCGGUCAGUUACUCUCCAGACAAGCCAUAAUGAAUGUACUGUCCAGAACAAGAAUGGCGGAAAUUACAGAACCUGGGGCUCCCGAUCAGUAUAAUAUUGAGAAUUACCAUGGUGAUGCUCACACGUGGAUUGGCGGGCAAAUGGAGCCAAUGGAAACUUCUGCUUUUGAUCCCGUUUUCUUCCUGCACCAUGCAUUUGUUGACUAUGUAUGGGAAAUAUUUCGUCAGCAACAGCGAACCAUGGGAAUAGACCCUACUCAGGAUUAUCCUCAAAAUUUCGGCCCACAGUCACACGCUCCCUUCACGCCUACGGGAUUUGGAAACCUGCCCAAUGUAUUUGGAAUCAGUGAUAUGUUUACUUCCCAAGUUUAUACCUACCAGCCACACCCGACCUGCUCUUUCCAAAAUUCUAACUGUGGCUCUGCCUUUCUGACUUGCGAUUUAUCCAUUGGAGUUCCUCAAUGCCUUCCUGUUGCCUCGGGUCCUUUGGCACAGUUACGUGCAUCGCGAAUGAGGGGUGUUCCGGGCGUGAUGGGCGCUGGUCCACGCUUACGAGGAAUGCCACCACUACCCUUUGGUCGCAAAAGGAGAGCAACAACUUCGAAAAGAGUAACUGUAAAUGCUACGUCUACGUCCGACAACCACCACCAGGUCAUAGUCAAACAAAUGCAAUGUUCAAAUGCCUGGGUUUCAUUUUCCAGCCAAAACACUUUCGAAAUCAACAAUGAAGGGGAUACGCGAAAGUGGGUAUUUAUUCCGGUUCGCGUUGUCAACAAACGGUCUCCUGAACAUCGUAAAUUCAAGGCCUAUGCAAUCAUUGAUGGAAAGCCUUCAGUCAAGGCAGAUAUCUAUGACCCAGAGCAAUAUGACGAAAUCAAACCAUACUUUUCCGAGGAAUUGAUGCCAUCGUCAGAAAAAUGCAAACCUGUCACUGGUGAUAGAACAGUGGGGCGUAUCCACAUUCGGUCUGACGGUCUCAAUUAUCAAGGAAAUUAUGAUGAAUAUGUUAUCGUCGAUUUAAGGCAGGCAUUUACCGAGUCCACCACUUAUAUCGGACUUCGAGGUCCGGGUCAGACUGCUACCGAGGUCUUACUUUCGGCGUAUGACUCAUGUGGUCGAAAAUGUCAGGCAUUCUGUAGGAGUAAAUAUACAAAAUACCAUAGCUAUCGUCCAUGUUCAGGUGCUCUCAGCGUAAAUAAUAAAACUCCAUGGGAGUACGGUAAAAAUUACGGUGACGCAGUGCGCAUGUCUUGGGAUUUAAACGACUUAUAUGCAAUACCAGAACUACAAAGUCAGUCUGUUUUUAUACAGUUUUUCUGUGAUCAUCGUCAAUAAAAUGGUUGUGGGAAUUUCAGUUUCAUGAUUCUAAACAGCAAUCGUGUGUUGCUAGCAAUAUUAAGGUAGCUCAUUACACCAAGACUUAUACUUUUUAUGACACAACGUCAUAAGAUGACGAUUAAAUGUUUGUAAAAUUAUUUGUAUCGAUCGAUUUGUUUGUCUAUCAUCGUAGCUCAGUGGCUAAAGUAUCGGGUUAAUGACCCGCAGAUCCCGAGUUCAAAUCCGCCAGUCUUUUGUUCAUAUUUAUUGAAAUAAAGGUUUAAAAAUCAUUGUUUUUUUUUCUUAAAUCUAAAAUUGCAUAUUUUCUGCCUUUUUGACAUAUGUACUUAUUACAUAUCAUCAUAAUUGAAUAACUUCGUGCUGAUUUAAGAAAUUCUUUCAAGGUGUAGUGAGCCACCUUAUAGCUGAAAAGUAAAUAAGUAGUUUACCGAAAACCUUUUAGGAUUUUUAUGGCUAAGUAUAACAUCGUACUUGUACAUUCAUAUUCUCUUAACUUUUUUCAAAAGUGAUUGAAUGCAUCUACAUCAUAAUUCGGUAUUAUAUUCAACAUAAACAUAAUCAUUUCUGCUAUCUAAUAAAGAGUGUUGAAAUUCAACAGUUAAACUGUAUACCUCACACUUUAAUCACGUAAGUAUACUCGGGGGGAAAAUAACAUCGCAACACCAGAUUUUCUUCUCGUAGCCUAAGUAUUACGAUUAGUUUCACAUCAUAAGAUGAAUAACAGUUUUUAUGUUUGACGUUAUGUCUGCUAGCAUCACGUGAUCUCUAAAAACGUAAGACCACCAGUAAAUGUAUCCAUUGUCAUUCUUUUUAAAAGAUACGAAGACGUGAUAUUUUGAGGAAAAUUACAGUAAAUAACUGUCCCUCUAUCUAUUGAUUCAAAAGUCUAUUAUGAAUGAAACUAAAGUUAACAUGUAAAUUAUAACUGAACAGUUUUUUUUAGUAUGUAUUGCAACUUCCGUUCACACGAAUGACGGACUCGGGGCGUCUUCUUCAGCCUCUGAUCGAACGUUGAAUUUGAUGUGACAGAGUUUGCCACUCCUGAUGCAGUGUCCGUGUCACUUCAUCAAAUGUUUGAAUUGGCGGUGUCCUUUGACGGACUCGGCGACCAAUGAUGUCCCAAAUGUGCUCAAUAUAGGGUUCAAGUCUGGACUUGGAGCAGGUCAUGCAUAAGGUAGUGUCUCAUGUGACUCUUUGCGCAAACAAUCCUGCAUAGCACGAGCACGAUGUGAUCUAGCAUUGACAUCCAUAAACACUGGCCUGCGUCGAAGAAGGAGAUUGUGAAAAUGAGGCACAACUGUUCCUUUGGUAAUUUUAUGUAUGAAGGUUGCCCCUAAAUGUAAUAAGAUCCAGUUUACAGUCAUAGUAAACACAUCGCCACACAAACUGAUCAACCACCGAACAGAAUCAUUUCGUUCAGCAUAUGUAUAUCUAGCUGUUGCCAUCCACACAUUCGUCCAUCUGUGAUAGAUAGCAAAAAACGACUUGUUCGAUCAAUGGACUUCCUUCCCAGAGCGAAGGUUUCAAAGUUGGCGAAUUUGACAUCAUUGCAUACGUACUGCUUUGUGGCUGUGUGUAAGCAAAGGUCUCUUUAUGGAUUUUCUUGCAUGAUAAACAAAUUACUUCAGUCGAUUCCGCACUGUUCUCGUUGAAAGCAAACGAUCUGGAAAUCAUUUUUAAAAUUGAGCUAUUAGUUUCAUCUAACCAUUCUUCUGAGUGCAUUAUCCUCCCGAACAGAUGUUCCACGGGGUUUCCAGAUCGUGCACGAUCUUUGACGUCAUUUGUUAAUUGGCACUUUCUGACAAUUCUACUGAAGGUUGUCUAACUAACAUACCCGGUUCCUCCAUUCCAAUAAUCUGCCAUCACAUUGCAUUUGAGACUUGCGGAGGACCCAUAAUUUCGAUGUGCAAGAAAAGUAAACCUAAUUUACCAAACUGUACAGGUUGAAUAAAGGGC